AUGAUUGAUCCACCCUCAGACAACCCGCUCUAUUCCUUGCUAGGGUUAUCUCCUUCUUCCCCUGAAAUCAAACAACUGUUGUCCACUGAUUUGGAACCUACAAUCACAAAGCUAUCCAAUUACAUAUAUCACGCAUACAAACCAUUAGGUAUCUCAUUGUGCUUUAUUCCAAAGGUCGAUGACUUUGUAUUAGAUGCCAUUGACAUUUACAAUGGCACAACCAGAGAUGGAUUCUCGCCGUAUACUUUGAACAACUUGCCCUGUCAAUUGCACAGUACUAGCCAAGCGUAUGAAAUUGUCUCUCAUUUAGGCGAACCAGACCGUAAAGGUGGGGGAGGUCAGAGCAGGUUGCCUUGCUGGAUUGAAUACAAGUUCUCAGAGAACUCAGGCAUCCUGAUUCAAUUGCAUGGAUUUGAAUGGGAGGACCGAGAAAUGGGUUGGACAAGCUUUGUGUUAUUUUGA